AUGUCUUAUGGAAAUGUCGACGGCGCAAAGCCCGCGGAUUCGCUAGGAUUUAUGCAACGACUGAGCCCGUCAGUAACGUACUUGGAGCCGACAACAAGCACAAUAGCUUCUGCGAACACCAAUGCACGAGCAGAUCCGGAACUCAUUUUGUUGUCGACAUGGAUGGGAGCGAGGGAGAAUCACAUCGCGAAGUACGUCCAGGAAUACCGUGUCAUUUUCCCGAAUUCGCGUAUUCUCGUCGCCCAAUGUCCAUUUACGCAUGUUGUACUGCCAUUCUUGGCAUGGACGCAGAUCCGCCCAGCGGUGCCUAUCUUGAAAGAAGUCGUCGAGUCCGAAACUAGGCAACGCAUCAAGGACGACGUUAGCAGCGUCUUGACUGGAAGAUCUACAACACCGCGAGUGCUUAUUCAUGCCUUUUCCAAUGGCGGCAUCAGCACAACCUUGUUCCUCUACAACGCUCUCAAGCGCUCACUCGGAGGCAGGUUCAUUCUGCCGCAACACGUCUUCAUCUUUGAUUCCUGCCCUGGAACAUUCAAGUGGCGCAACACGGCCAGAGCCAUCAUGAAGAUCUUACCACGCUGGACUUCACCGGUCGUGCACGCUAUGCUCUUCUCCAUCUGGCUCUUUUAUCGCGUCGUACCAGUGCUGCAGCCUCGACAAAACGUCAAUUCGCGAACGAUACGAAAUCCUCGAUUCCAAGAGUUCGAACUCCGUCGUACCUACCUGUACGGUACCGACGAUCAAAUGAUUCCGCCCAGCGAUGUCGAAUACGAAGCAGGAUUGGCAGCGGAAGCCGGAUUCAAUGUACGCCUGGAGCGCUUCGACGGCGCCACGCACGUUGCCAUCCCCAUGUCACACCCUGAGUCAUACUGGCGUGUCGUGAGAGAAUCCUGGUAUGGAGAGGAGCCAGCAAGAAGUGUUGUCGUCGAGGGUCGCGACGGGAGCCUUGCCAAUACUGGCGUCGAAAUCAGCUCGGAGACGGUUACCAAGGAAAUCAGUCUCGUAGACCAUGAGAAGACGGUCUCUGAAGAAGCCAGUAUCUUGGUGGAAGAUAUCAAGAGCGAUGGAAAUGAAGCCCUCAAGGCUGUGGAAAAAGCAGCUCAGGAACCCUCAAACAGUGCACAGUACGUGGCAGAGACUGUCGCGGCCAAGUGUGACGAUAUCAAGAAGCAGUCUCAGAUUGUUGCUGAAAAGGCGCAGUCCAAGGCUGAAAUUUUGGAGGCUGACAUCCCCACCACGAUUGAACAAGGCGAGACCAUGGUGAAGCAGCUCAAGACAGAAGCAGCAGGCUCCGUCCAAGGAGUAGAGAUCAAGGCCAACAGAAGAAGCCUUGACAAGGAAUCUGACUCCAUCGUCGAGGAUAUCAGAACUUCCGCCGCUCAUAGGACCAAACAAGCAGAGAAGACAGCGAAAAGGGUCGAGAAGGAAGCCGCCGCGUCUGCCAAACCCUUGGAGAAGAAGUUGGCCAGUGACGGCAUGGGCAAACAUGCCGAGCGUUCCAUGACGCCAGACACCAGUACAGCGCUUCAGGCUGCCCUUGCCGCGGCGGCCUCAUCGAGCCCAGAGGCGGCAAAGGCGGCAAGCCCCAAGACUCUCGCCCACAGCCGUAGCACCAGUAACGGCAGCCGCAGUGGUUUGCAGGAGCUUGCGGCGCGGUCCGGCAGCAAGGUGGACAACAGCAAGGCCAAACCGUCCGAGGCCAAGGUCUCGCAGGCGGAGCUGAUCAAGGUAGAAGAGCCUGCUGCGGUGGUUGCGCAGCCAGCUGAACAGAAGCCGGCGGAGCCAAAGGCCGAGCAAAAGGUACAAGUUGAGCAGCCCAAGCCGGAACAGCCCAAGCCGGCCAGCAGCAGCAAGGCCAAGAAGACCAAGAAGAAUGGCAAAAAGUAA